AUGAAUACUAAGCAGUUCGUUGCUCUUAUCAAUGAUGUUGGACAGGCUGCCACACUUUGCGGCUUCGCUCUACGAUACAUCAACAUCUUCUUCUGUCCUGCAUUCGUCACCUUGCCUCUCAGUCCUUCCAUAAGUGGUGUGGAGGUUGCGAAAAUCAUAGCCGUCUUCAGUCAGUGCUCUCCACAUCCUUCUGUCUCAUUCCUAACUUCCCGCANNGUCAUCGGAUAUGUUGUAGUUUUUGCUUUUACAGCAUAUAUGGUCCGAGGUCUUCAGCUUGUUCUCGGCACAUCCAAACGCGCAAUGACAGAAAGUGCUGAAGAACUUGGGCGUCAAGACGACAACAUUCCACUAACACAGACGAGGCAUGAUUCAAACGCCAGUGAAGUGCCUACCAUCCAAUCCAUUUCAACUCAGACUGGCUCGGGCGAGACAUCUACGCCCUCUCCUCCGAAUGGAAUUGCCGAUAUCCAAGCACCUUCCAAGGCCAUGGAUCCUAAUUCGGUGACUGGCACCGGGNGACCCCCUGUGGCCACCAACGCUACGAGCUCCUCAAUCAUUCCUGCUUCUGUUCGUCACAAUGCUGCGCCUCUAACCCGCCCUCAGCGCUAUGCUGCCUUCGUCAGUGUCAACUUCGACAUGCUCACAUAUGGAGCUCUGUUCCUCUUCGUGGGUAUACCCAUUUACUACGGCCUAGGCUAUGCUAUGCCGGCUCAACUCUCUCUCAACGUUGUCUUCUACUUCGCCGCUCUUCGGUUGCCACCCACGUACAGGACGUAUCUGCAUCCUGUCUUGGUCUCCUCGGCUUUCACUAUCCUUGGCAUAUGGAUUCUCGCGUUGAUUCGACAGAACACUCUCAGAGAUGGAUUGCUUUCAUACACUACAAACACAAAAUACACGCAGCUCUGGGACGACAACCAAGGUCUGAAGCCUCCAGGAGCAGGGGACGUGUUUGGCAGCGUUCUCGAUGUUUCGAUCGUGGCCCUGAGUCUCCCUAUGUACAGGUACAGGAAUGAGUUGAAGGCUCGAUUCAUGACUAUCAUCGUUCCCAACGUGGUUGUCUCUAUCGGAUCGCUGUUCGCAUACCCGAUAUUCUGUUACCACAUCGGGAUCACUGCACCGCGUGGUCUUGCUUUUGCAUCUCGAAGUUUGACACUUGCUCUGGCAACGCCAGCAACCAAGAAUUUGGGUGGUGAUCCUUUUACCAUUGCACCUCUGUGCAUCUUCAGUGGCAUUGCGGGGGUCAUCGUAGGUCCAAUUGGCCUGGACCUGCUCAGGAUCCCAAAAGAUGAUUACAUCACGCGUGGUAUCACAUUGGGCGCCAACUCGUCUGCUGUAGCGACAGCACUGCUUUUAACCACUGAUCCUCGAGCGGCAGCUUUCUCAAGUCUUAGCAUGGGGCUAUUGGGUACGAUAACCGUAGCUGUUACCAGUGUGCCACCACUCGUCCACAUAAUCCGAGGUUUGGUAGGUAUG